ACCCACCCCACCCACGGCCAGUUACAACAACCACUCGUACAUCUACAUCCGUGAGUUCCAAAAGGUCGCGGAUGAAGAUGCGGGUGACGCCCAUGGCAGCCAGCACGCUGCCGCCUCGGAGGAGGCCGCCGCCAGCGACGGCUCCAUGGACUGCUCGGACAGCGGCCACCACAGUGGCGCCGUGGACCUGGCAAGCAGUGAGGAGCAGCAGCACACGGCGAGCGGGGACGAGGGUAGUGAUGGCGUUGGGGGGGACACGGACGAGGAUGUGUCCGAUGUAGAUGACGAGGAGGACGAGAGGGCCAGCAGCAGCAGCAUGGCGGCGUCGGAAGAUCCCGUGGAGGACACGGACACUAGUGAGGGAAGCAGUGAUGAGGAUGGGGAUGCAGAUGGAAGUGGCUCUGCCUCGGAGGGCGGCGAGGAGGACACUGACGAUGACAGCACCUAAAUGCAUGCACACAACAUCCUAGGGCCCGCCUGAGCGGCUGAUGGAAUGGGUGUUGGGCACAUGCAACUAGGCGGGGGUGGUGCUGCGGGUACCGGGCAACUGACAGCUAGGACAAAGGGGGGAAGGGCCCGAACCUGUACCUGUACUGGGAGGGUGGAUCACAC